CUGCUGUCAUGACAAUAUCUGACGUUGGUGGUCCAAUUCUCACAGACACAACAUAUAAUGUUGGAAGUGCCGGACCAACUCUUACAUGCACGACAACUCCACCAUUGGCUAAUGCAAGCACUGUGACAUACACAUUCCGGAACGAUACAGCAUCAAUACACGCGAGUUAUUCUGAAACCUACACAUUAAAUGGCAAUUUACCAAGUAGUUCAACAUACAAGUGUGGUGUUACAUAUGAUAGGUCAACCGUAUAUUCGCCAACUAGCGCCAUAAUAACAUUCAGUAACAACUUCAUCGCUGUCCCUACUAUAAUUAAAACAAGUCCCGGAGAUUUAGCUUUAGGGUUCACUUUCAGUUUAACAUGCGGGGAUGCAACACUUAACGCAGACUUUUACCAAUGGUUUUUCGAUGAAACUUUGAUUGAAAACCUAAGCACUAAAGAACUCCAACGUGCACCAUUCACUGAGGCUGAUAUUGGAGUGUUCAAAUGUCGGGCUAUCAAAAGCCGUUACAGAACGGCAAAUGCGACUUUUACAGCCGUUAUGAAACCUACGCUCAACCGUCAAACUUUGGGAUCAUUUUAUGGUGCAGGCGGUAACUACGUUCUUAAGUGUAAUUCUGGAUCUAAUGCACUUAUUGGUUGGAGCUACGCAUGGGCAAAGGAAAGUAGAGACCUCAACAUUCAUGCUGACAACUAUCAAAUUACCAACGCAACAGCGGCAACCUAUGAUGGGACAUACACAUGUACCUCAACAUACAACAGGGUUUCAAGUAUAAGCAAUAACCUAACUGUAAUAGUCGUAGCUGCAACUCUGAUCGUAGAGGACUCCCAUGGUCCAAUUUCUAUUGACACAACUUAUAAUGUUGGAGCUGAAGGACCAACACUUACCUGUGGGACAACUUCACAAUUACCUAGUGAAAACACAGUGACAUACACAUUUAUGAACGAUACAUCAUCAAUUGAUGAAGGUCCCUCUGACACCUACACGUUAAACAAAAAUGUACCAAGUAACUCGACAUACAGUUGUUCUGUUACUUAUGACUUGUCAACAACAUACUCGUCACAAAGUCCCAGAAUAGCAUUCAGUAACAACUUUAUCUCUGACCCUUCAAUAAUGAAAGUAAGUCCUGGAGAUAUUACUUUAGGAUCUAACCUUACUUUGUCUUGCGGAGAUACAACGAUCCACGCAGAAUUUUAUCAAUGGUUUUUUGAUGAAACAAUGAUUGAAAAUCAAAGCAAUAAAAGACUUGAGCGCUCCCGUUUUACUGAACGUGACAUUGGCGUUUACAAGUGUCGGGCUGUAAAGAGCCGAUACACGACGGCAAAUGCAACAUUUACAGCCGGUAUAAAACCACAGAUCAUUCGUGAACCUUCUGGAUCAUUCUAUGGAGCAGGCGGUACUUAUAUUCUAAGGUGUAGUACUUACUCAAGCUUAUCAACUGGGUGGAGCUACUCUUGGACUAAAAAUAGUAACGUCAUUAGUGGUUCCGCAACUCAAUCUUACACAAUUACUAAUGCAAGUGCCGCAAUACACAAUGGCGUCUACAGUUGUACCACAACAUACAACGGUGUUUCAAGCACAAGCGAUAACCUACCUAUAUCAAUUAUUUCCGCUACCCUGAUUGUGACGGACCCGCUUGGUCAUUUAACUACAGACACAACCUACAAUGUUGGAGUAGACGGUCCAAAUCUCACCUGCACGACGACCCCAGAACUGGAAAAUAUAAACAGCUCAAAACAUAUGAGAUACGAGUUUUGGAACGGUCAAAUUUCCUUGCAAGAUGGUAUUUCAAAUACUUACACAAUAGAUACGGCUACUGAACAUAGUGCAACAUACAAUUGUAGUGUUACAUAUGAUGGGACUACAACAUAUUCAUUGCCAAGCAGCAACAUUUCGUUUAGAAACAAAUAUAUUCCCGACCCUGUCAUAUAUAAACAAAAUCCUGACGAGUUAUCCAUAGGAUCUACCCUUGUUUUAUCAUGUGGCGAUGAAACAACUGUAGCUGACAUUUUUCAAUGGACAAUAAAGGACAAAGUGCCCCAAAAUCAACAGAGCCAGACAUUCCGGGUGGACAAUUUCUCAUUGGAUGAUAUCGGAGUGUACAAAUGUUGUGUUGUAAAGAGUCGUUACAUUACGGCAGAAGCGUCAUUUGUUGCUAUUAUGAAACCCAGUAUAACCCGUGUGCCUUCUGGAACUUUCUACGGUGCAGGAUGUGACUACACUCUCCUUUGUAAUUCUGGCUCAAGUGAAACGGUUGGGUGGACUUACUUGUGGACAAAAAACAGUGUAAACACUACAACCCAAACAGCUUCGUAUAUACUCCACAAUGCUUCAUCCUCUACACACGAUGGCGUCUUCACCUGCACCUCAGCGUACAACGGUGUAUCCAGCACAAGCGAUUCGCUAAAUAUAACCAUCGUAGAGGCCAUCCUGGUGGUAACAGACUCAACUGGUCCAGUAACAACAGACACAGUGUACAACGUUGGAUCAGAUGGUCCAACACUCACCUGCACGACAACACACGUUCUUGCUGAUUUCAACAUUGAAAUUCCUCCAGUUUAUGAAUUCUCCGUAUGUGAUCUUUAG